CAAAAAGCAGCAAUUUCGCUGGAAACUCUUCAGUCGUGAGUGAAAAGGGGUAAAAUCAUAACUUCAACAUCACGAUGGCGGCCGCAGACGUAGCAGUGUUAAAGAACGAUCUUACCCGCACGCUGAAGCAAUCGGGACACGUCGGUUUCGACAGUCUGCCGGAUCAACUGGUCAGCAAGAGCGUCCAGAAUGGGUUUCUCUUCAACAUCAUGUGCAUCGGCGAGACGGGCCUCGGUAAAUCGACGCUGAUGGACUCGCUGUUCAACACGUACUUCGAAUCUCAACCCAGUCCGCACACGCUGCCGAGUGUCAAGCUGAAGGCGCAUACCUACGAACUGCAGGAGAGCAUGGUCCGACUGAAGUUGACAAUAUGCGACACGGUCGGGUACGGAGAUCAGAUCAACAAGGACGAUUCGUUCAAGGCGGUCGUCGACUACAUCGAUCAGCAGUACGAGGCGUAUCUGCAGGAGGAACUGAAGAUCAAGCGAUCGCUAUCGGCGUACCACGACAGCCGCACGCACGUCUGCCUGUACUUCAUCUGCCCGACCGGCCACGGGCUGAAGUCGCUCGAUCUGGUCUGCAUGAAGAUGCUCGACUCGAAGGUAAACAUCAUCCCGAUCAUCGCGAAGGCGGACACCAUCUCCAAGACGGAGCUGUCAAAGUUUAAGGCCAAGAUCAACGAUGAGUUGCGCGCGAACGGGGUGCACAUCUACCAGUUCCCGACCGACGACGAGUCGGUGGCGGAGAACAACACUUCGAUGAACUCGCACAUCCCGUUUGCGGUCGUCGGCAGCACUGAUUUGGUGCGCGUCGGCAACAAGGUGGUCCGCGCCCGCCAGUACCCCUGGGGCACGGUGCAGGUGGAGAACGAGGCGCACUGUGACUUUGUGAAGCUGCGCGAAAUGCUGAUCCGCACCAACAUGGAAGAUAUGCGCGAGAAGACUCACACGCGCCACUACGAGCUGUACCGGCAGAAGCGCCUCGAGGAGAUGGGCUUCACCGAUGUGGACAGCGACAACAAGCCCGUCUCGUUCCAGCAGACGUUCGAAGCGAAGCGCAGCAACCAUCUGGCCGAGCUGCAGGCCAAGGAAGACGAAGUGCGCCAGAUGUUCGUGGUGCGCGUCAAGGAGAAAGAGGCCGAGUUGAAGGAGAGCGAGAAGGAUCUCCAUGCCAAAUUCGACAAGCUCAAGAAGGACCACGCGGAAGAUAAGCGCAAGCUGGAGGAAUCGCGCAAGAAACUCGAAGAAGAGUUUGUCGAGUUCAAUCGCCGCAAGUCACAGAUGGCGGCCUCUCAUCAUACGCUAACGCUGGGCAAAAGCAAAAAGAAAUGAAAUUUGUAAGUGCUGCAACAGGAACCUGCAUUGGCGGUGAGAGGUUCUUUGGGAAAACCAAAUUCUUCGGAACGCUCCGAAACUCUCGUAUUAUACCUUUUUUAUAACACUUUUGAUUAAUAUACUUUGGUCAACCAUAUGUCCACGGACGCGAAGAAAGUCAGAUUCUUCCUUUGUUGCUUAGAGAUCGGAAACAAACGGUUUAUUAACGGUGAUCGGCACGACUCAGUUUCCUAAUCUGCGAAGUACGGAUUUGGUUCUGACACAGCUUACAUUUUUACAUCAACACUCACCGUUCGGUUCGGGUGUUUUGUGCUCACUUCUCGAAAGCUAGGUUUUAUUAUUGCCUCUGGCAAGGGAAACAAUCAGCGGCACGAGCAUGUACAGUGCACACACAAAUGGUAGUUCAAACGAAUCGAGGAACAAAGUCACAGUGACGCAACUGUGGCAGCCAAAUUUUCGCACCUUUAUCGAAAGUAGUGAACGAUUAAUUUGCAAUGAAACCCACACUUCUCAAAGCGCGCAAACGACGAAAGGAAGUAAUCAUAGAUAGAUGAACUAAUCGAGUCGAAUAGCAACAGAUGAUCUGCAAUAAUCAUG